AACUUCCAGGUGGUGGUGUUCCCCAUGUGUCUGCUGCCCUUGUCCCUCUAGCGGCUGUGGGUUUGGAAGGUGCUGUCUCAGGAGCCUGAUUGUGGAGCCCAGCUUGCACAGAGGAUUAAGGCGAUUGACUCUGCAGCGUAGAAGUGGUGGAAGUGUUGAAGUGGAUGAAGAGCAGGGGGACAUGAUGGAAAGACGGGUCCCAUAUCGAAUCUAUGAUCCUGGUGGGAGUGGAGCUUUACUAACGAAGGAUGUCAGCAAUGAAGCUGGGUCAAAUUCAGUGUCCUACCAGCAACUAGUGGAGGAAAACCAUGUCUUGAAGGAGCGGAUGAAAGGCUUGAAAAGCUUAGGUAACCUGCUGGAGGAAUCUCAGGCCGAAGCCUCAAAACUCCGACAAAAGGUUGAGGAACUGGUCCGGCAGGAUGUUCUGAAGUCUGCGAGCUUAUCAUCUCGGGAAAUGAAUAGCCCAGCACUGAUCUUCGAUGGACAAGAUUGUCUUCCGGCGUCUGCCCACCAGCCCCAAUGUGACUUGGACAAAACUGGCAAACUGGAGCCAGAGGCCAAGGCUGAAGCAAAGCCCUCGUCCAGUGGUUCAUCCUCUGAAUUUGAAGUGGUGAGUGCGGAUGACAAAAAAGAGACAAAGGAGGAAUGUGCUGAGGAGGUGCUGCAGAAGUUGGCGACUGAAGAUGGAAACGUGUCUGUUCAUCUCCAGCGACUGGAGAACUCACUGAGCCUCUUCGCUGAGGAGACCAAUGGGAAAGAGCUACUAGCCCACCUGGGCCGAAUGGCUGUUGACUUCAAUCGCCUGUCAUCCAAAGUGCAGAAGAAUGAGUACAAGACCACCAUCCUACAGACCCUUUGUGAACAGUUGCAAAGUGAAAAUGAAGAUCUGCGGAAGAAGCUGGACCAUGACAUAAAUCUCAAGAAUCAGAUGAUGGAGAAAAUGAAAUACGAGAACAUGAAGCUGAAGAGAAUGGUGGCAGAGAGGACAGAGCAGAAGCACAGAGACCAGCAGGCUCCUGCGCUUGAAGUUGUCUCUAAGCAUGAGCUGCCAGUCAAGUUGCUGGAAGGAGCCGGACUUCAGCAGAGUGCAAAGACAACAGAACAGCAAGAAUCCAGUGAGAAAAACAUAAUAGAGACAUUGGAAAAGAAAGUCACAGCUUUGGAGCUGCAGAGGAAAGAGUUGUUGGAAGUGAACAAACAGUGGGACCAGCAAUUCCGGAGCAUGAAACAGCAAUACGAGCAAAAGAUUGUGACUCUGAGGCAGCGAUUAGCUACAGCCCAGAAGGAGUUGAGCGAACGAGAGAAUGGCUGUGAAGAGAAGCAGAAGGACUUUGAUAAGAUGCUGCUGCUGGCCAAAUCGAAGAUUGAAAAUGGAGAGAGUGAAAAGGAGAGGUGUUUAACAGAAAUUAAAGAGCUGAAACAGCGGAACCAGUGCCUGCAGAACCAGAUCCUGCCCCUUACCAAACAGCGGGAAUACCAGGAGAAAGAAAUUCAGCGCCUCAACAAGGCCUUGGAGGAAGCUCUUACAGUCCAGCCAUCGACUCCACACCCACCUCUGUUUAGCAAUACUGGGGAAUCAUGCAUGAACGCAAGGAGAACUGAGCUGCUGACACAGAUCGAUGUCCUCAAACAGCAGGUUAAAAUAUUUGAAGAAGAUUUUCAGAGAGAGAGAAGUGACCGAGAGCGCAUGAAUGAGGAAAAGGAAGAGCUGAAACAGAAGCUUGAAAAGGUCCAAUCGGAAAUCACGUUGCUGAACACCCAGCUGGGAAUUUAUCAGGAAGAUUAUCAGAAGGAGAAGUUGGAAAAGGAAAAAAUUCAGAGACUGCUGAAGCAUCAGAAACAGGUGUCGAGUGAGAGAAGAUCAUCGGACCCACCUCCUGGGGCACAUGGCCCUUAUUGCCCACCUCCCUACCAGCUACAGUACCCUCCCCUUGCUCACCCUGGCAAUGUCUACGGGGGUUACGAUUGGCAGAUCCACUACCCACCAGCUGGACCGAAUGCCCCCCAUGCACAUUACAGACCGUCCGAGCACCCCUGGAAUGCUCCGUACCAGCCCACACGGAGUCCGCAUGCUGCUGAACCACACUGGCCCACAGCGGACGGGAAAGAAUCUACCUCUCCCAGGCUUGGCAAAGGGCAGCAUUGAGGGAGGGAAGAGGACCCCUGUUAAAACUGAUGGGAUCCGUGCGAUGUUCCAAGUGAUUUUGAUGUCCCAAGGCAACAAGACUUGGCCUUCCUUCCUGGCAGUGUGGAUUGCAAAGGAUUCUGAAUUUGAGGUUGCUUUACAAUGUAUUCUGUGUCUUGUACAUAUUACUGGAUAUCGCGUUGACACUGUGGGUUGUGUUGGGGUUGGGGAUGUGGUUAAUAUCCUUUGGUUAAUAUCCCGAACUCCAUCUUGUGUUCUGCGUUGCCCCCAUUUGGUGUGAACAGAUAAAAGUACAACGGAGGGAGUUGGCAACUUGCUUUCAGCGUUUGCGGUGUAAAGACCCAUGGGAAAAGAUGCUUUAAAUAUGUUUUAAUGAUUGCCUUUGAAGCUGCCCAUACUGAGGCUCUCUAACCAUGUGACCAUGGCAACACUUUUUCUCCUUGCUCUAUUCAAAUCCCGCCUCCCGCCACAUGACUGACCAGCCGGGUUCGACUUCCAGACACUAGGGUGUAAAAAUGCCGGAAUGUUCUCCCAUCAUUUUAAAGAGGCCCUAAUUGCCAGUGUGGCUGACACGCUCUUCCUCCAGACAGUCUGCCCUCUAGAUGACAAGGAUCAGACUCAAGGGGCUGAGUGACCUACUCCUGAGUCGCCCCUCAUCCUCUUAUUGUCCCCUGUGCACAUCGGAAAGUUUUUAAAAUAGUGAACGUGGAAUUCUGCUGGCAUAUUACUUACAAAGACAAGGUGGCCACAAGUGUGGCAAGGACCAAUUUCAUUUUGCUUCAACAAAGCAUUGAAAACAUUUGGUGUGGUCGCGUUCCCCAGUCCUCCCCACCCUCUCUCCCCCUCACCCAAAUUCCUGUAGCUGAGGAGCAGACACAGGAUUCUUUAGCACGUUCCCCUACCUGUGUCUUUUGUUUUAACUAAGAGGAUAACUUGAUUAGAAUUUCUGCUUAAACAAUGAACAAUUAUGAAAAGCGCCACCUUGUCACUCUCCUGAUCAAUAUUGUAACCUUAACCGCCACCUCCUCCCCCAGCCCAUUCCAAUGCCACCUUCCCCAGGACCCUCCAGGCUGGGAAACUCCCCUGCCCCCACCACACCUCCACUACUCCCCCCACCCAACCCCACCCCCCCAACUCCAUGUCUUUACCAUCCUCUGAUCCACAGACACUUCCUAAACCCAAGCUUGGUGCCCCUCAGUGGCCACUUGUUGACAUCCCCCCCAGCCCCCCCACCACCAGGGCUUGUUGAGUGCCUCAUGUUGUGCAUUUUAAACCUGGGCUGAUUUGUCACACUUCCUAAUAACUCAUGAAUUCAAAACUCCCCACCCUCUAAAUCCUCUCCCCCCUCAUCGACCCUCCUCACCCCCAAAUGGGGCUGUUAAUCUGUUAAUAUGCGGAGGUUAAAACCCCCAUAACCGCUUUUAAAAGGAUGUAGGUCAAAAACUGGAGUUUGGGACUGAAUUGUCCUCUCUUUUCAGAGAUUGAACACAGUGGGGAUGGGCUGAAAGGCCUCCUGUGCGGUACAAUGCUAUGAUUCUAUCCUCAACCCCCCCCCCCCCCGACUCCAGUGUGUUCAUCCUUCAACUACAUUGCUUUACAAAGUCGGGAGAUCUGGUCAUUUUCACCUACCCGUUUGUAGUGGGAUCUUGCUGUGUACGAAUUGACUGCCGUGUUAUCUACAUUACAGCAGUGACUACCCCUCAGAGUGACUUCAUUGGCUGCAACGUGCUUUCGUGGGACGUCCUGAGAGGCGCUAAAUAAGUGCACGUUCCUCCUUUUCACCCACCUCACGCUCUGAGAUUUGUUUCCUUGGAUGAGCCCCAAUUCGACACCUUGCCUUUCCUUUCCAACGUGGCUUGUCCCGGGCUCAUCGUGUGGCACUGAGCUGUUUCCCCUGGGUCUUCCCCUCUUCCAUGCUGAGCCUGUCCCUGGGAUGUCUCUGUAUCUAUUUUCCAGUGGGACAGUUCUAGACGUGUAAGUGUGAUGGGCUCCACCUCGGGGCAGGAGGUAUUUGAAGAUUGUACACGGCCUUGAUUUUUUUUUCCUCUUCCUGUUGAGUGAUCACUCAUAAUAAAUCAUGAUCGAA